AUGACCACAGUCAAAUACAAUGGAAUCAAUGCCUGCAAUAUGUCUCUAUCAUGGUUCGUCGAUCUGGCGCUUUUAGUUCAAUCGGGUUGCGCAUUCACCUUUGAGGCAGCCCCGGCGUUUUUAAAGGCCCUCGAUUCGAUGUACAACUCCGGACCCCAAACGCUUUCUCGGAUACGGUCGCGCAAAUUCGAGUCGUUUAUCUGCCUACGCGUGGGUGACGUGAUGAGAUACAAGGGGAAUUUGAGCGCUGCGGAUGAGCUCUACGCGGCUUCGAUUCGUGUUCUACCGCUGCUUGGCGACCCGUGGAACCAACGGGGACUCUUAUUGGCCAAACGGGAUGUCUUGAAAUGCCUCUACUUCCACUAUCGGGCUCUUCAUUGCCGAUUUUCUUUUAUUGGCGCAACCUCAAACAUCCAGAAGAUCUUUCAAGAACACUCGGAAACAACCGUGCUAGUCGAUUCUCCAUUUGUGGAUAGGUUCCUGCACGUACUAUCCAAGUUCUACUUCAUGACCCGGAUCCAUCAACGUUUGGUCGACAGCCUGUUGGAAGAGUGCAUUACAAUAGAGGCGAUUGUUUCGCUGCUUGGUGUACUUUCCGAAUUGGGCGUAUCCAGCGAUGAGAAGGCGAUCAUAGAUGCCAUUUAUCGGCUUGUCGAUGGGGCUGUUGCGUCGAUUGCAAGAAGGCAAAUGGAUGGCUGCUCAUCUGAAAAGGAGCUAUGGGUGUUGGCGUUAUGUUUGCGUGUCUGCAGCCCUGAAGCCCUCAAGGCACAACCGAUAACCGACCUUGUUCAGCGACUACUCGAUAACGAAGUACCCAUAAGGGAUUCGGAGCUCACCAGAUUUUGGCUUUGCUUCGAAGACCCCUGUGAUCGACCCUUAACCGCUGGUGGAUUGGCCCGAACAUUGUGUGCGAUUAGGGACGGUGAAGUGAUUAAUCGGAAGGAGAUUAAUUCUGGCGGGAACCGGCCAAUGCCAUCAGAAGUUGAUGAGGCGGAAGCGGAAGAUCAACGCGGCGAAUCGACGGUGGCGGCAGGUCGAAGAAGGGAGCGAGCAGAGUCAGAGUCCGAAAGUGCCGGCGAACACGACGAUGAAGAAGAGCCUGCAAUCGUCGAAAUGAGCCUCUCUGAUGAUGAUGACCCGGGUCUUGUUGCGAAACCUCGCCCUGGAAGCUCGAGCUCGUCCUCCGAUUUUGACUACGAUGAUCCGUGCCCGGUU